CGUGGCGAGUGAUGCGGCGGCGGCGCGCGGCCCAUGUCCGGCGAGCUGAGCGCCGACCAGCUGCAGCAGCUCUACCUGUGCAGCCUGCUGCUCGCCAGGAAGCGUGAGCAGCCGAUCUUCUCGUGCAAAGCGCACGUCUUCCACAUCGACCCCAAGACGAAGCGCUCGUGGAUCUCGGCGUCCAGCGCGGCGGUCAGCGUCUCCUUCUUCUACGACUCGACGCGCAGCCUGUACCGCAUCAUCAGCGUCGAGGGCACCAAGGCGGUGAUCAACAGCACCAUCACGCCCAACAUGACGUUCACCAAGACGUCGCAGAAGUUCGGGCAGUGGUCGGACGUGCGCGCCAACACCGUCUAUGGCCUGGGCUUCUCGUCCGAGGCGGAGCUCAACAAGUUCAUCGAGAAGUUUCAGGAGGUGAAAGAUGCGACUCGUCUGGCAGCAACCAAAGCUCUGGCCAACGGUGCCGCAACAGGUGCGACACCUGUCACCUCCGCCAACGCAUCCCCCGUCACUGCCAGGGCCUGUGCCACAGCCUCUGCUGCCGCCGGGUCCCACACUCACCCUAUCGGGGACGGCCCGCUGCUGGAACCACCGGCCUCCUCCAACCCUGGGCCCGGAUCCACAGUCAACUCCGUGGCGGUUUCAGCACCACCGGGAGCGGUAGUGGCUGCUGCGCCCUCGUCCGGACCAGUGAACAGUGGCCACAACCAGAGCCAUAACCAGAGUCACAACCAGAACCAGAACCAGAACCAGGUGGGCGACACCAAGAGCCACCAGCGCACCCAGUCCCUGCCGGGGGGCGGCGGCGCCCUGCAGGCAGGAGAGAGCCCCAAACAUCAGCCAAAGUCUGGAGAUAAGAGCCCAGCUCCUGUGUCUGCAGCAACACCCGCCAUUGCUAACCUGCCUCCAGAAGCACAACUUAAAUAUGAAAAUGAUAGGCUGAAGCUUGCUCUAGCACAGAGUUCUGCUAAUGCGAAGAAGUGGGAGGUGGAACUCGCAACUCUGAAGAGCAACAAUGUCAGAUUAACAAGUGCCCUCCAGGAAAGUACAGCGAAUGUUGAGGAAUGGAAGCGGCAGUUGCAUUCUUACAAAGAAGAAAACCAGAGGAUUAAAACUAAGUACAUAGAGCUUGAAGCAGCAAAAGGAAAUGCUGAUGCAGCAGCAGAACUGCGAAAAGAACUACAAGCUCUAAGGCAACGAGUGGAGACCUUGGAACAUGAGUUGAAAGUGAAAGAUGAUGAAGUGAAACGCCUCGGAAAGCAGCAGGCUGCACCUGACCAACAGUCACGCUCCCAGGACGAACGUAUCAAGAACCUACAGCAGGAGAACGCCGAGCUGCAGGCGGCUGUGUCGCUGGCACAGGCGCAGCUGGAGACGGCGCUCGCAGCCCAGGAGUCACAGCGCCGUGUACUGGACACACUGAAUGCACAGCUGGCGGCACAGCUGGCUGAGCUGGCUGGCAUCCACCGUGAGAUUGCCACUGCCCUGCAGACCUGAGGGCAGCCCCCCGCGGCCCCCGCCCCCCCGAGGCACCCCCACUGGUCCUCCGUCUGACGCCGGGCUCCUGGGGGAGGCGACCGGCAUCUGGCUCUGGAGCUGGAACUGGGACUGGGUGUGGAAGACGGACGCCGGCAAUAACGACAUUUCCGUGUUACAGUUUAUUUUUGAGGGAAAAGUGUUAUUGAGCAAUGGAAGAUUAAAAACACAGAUAACCUACUACAUUGUUUAGUGAUAAAAUAAUUUUUUGUUUUUACAAAUCCAAAUGGCAUCCAGAUGAGGUUGCAAGCUAUGUUCAGUUUCUUUCUUUGUUUCAAUUAUUUAAUUGAUACUUCUCGUGUGAAAUUUUGUGGUAUGAUCUGUGAAAAUAUAGACUCUUGAACUAUAUGCAGUCAUUAACCGAAAGUGUUGUCCUAUAUAUAUAUAUACAUAAAGGGAAAAAGUGGGAAAAUGUAUCAAAAUUUGUUAAGAGGUGACAGAGUUUUAAAUGCAUCGAAAUCUGUGUGUGUACCUUCGUCUCCUACAUUUUUAAAAUUAAGGUAAAGACAGUGCAACUAAUCUAAAGGCGUGUGGUGAACUGCAGGUCCGUGCUGAAUUUUAGCAUAAGUGUUUUGGCAGGUAGAUCAAUUUCUACACGUUAACUUUAAAACUUAAUUCUGAGUGUGUUUCAUUUCUUUUGUUCUCAGCAGUUACUUGUGAUCAAUUCAAUCUUAAUCUGGAAACACACUGAAUUUAUGAAAUGUGGCACUCAAAAAUCGUCAGCAUAUAAUAUUGGAUGCUGGUGAUAAGCUACAGAGAAUGUUAGAUUCCACACAGUGCCUCAUGAUGUGAGGGUAAAUUCAUGUUUUCACCAUUUUAAUGUGUUUGCAUGUGUACCGUAUCAAAUGUGGAAUGAAACUCUUUGAAACAGUCCAUGAAACAAGUGUUUAAUUGCAUAGCUGGGAUUACUUUUUCGUUCCAAAUAUUACUCAUUUACUAAAAAAAUCAGAGCUUUGCAUCUGGAGCUAAAAUUAUUGCAUUUUAGAUAGACAUCAUUAAUCUAAAUACAUGUUUAACUCGGAAAGUGGAAUUACUUCUCCAUUCUCAAAUAAAGAAUCAUGUAUAAUGUUGAAAAUGGCAGUGCAUUUUCUUGACUGAUUGAGACCAAGCUGAUAGAGUUCACAUUGAACUGUACUUAUUAAUAAUUGGCGACUGACCAUGAAGAGCACAAGACUUUGGAAAUGCACAUGUUUGAUAUCCCCCCCUUUUGUGGCUUAGCUUUAUUUUCCAUUAAAACUGAGAGCAGAUGCCUAUUUCGAAUGCACCCUUCCUGAGUCCUAAAUUUUUGUGCCAUAGAAAAGUGCCGCUGUCUCGGCGUAACAAAAAUAGAUUUUCGUGCUGGAUUUAAAAAGCGUGAAGCCACAUAUGUAGCUUCUGACAUUAUACACAUGUACAAAAUAUUGCAGAUUUCUUUUUUACACUGAAAUGUUACAUGCAAAGAAUGAAUGUUUUCCUCAGUAUUUGCGUGACUGACACUCUGCACUUGCAUGUGUGUGUUCUAAGCACUGCCCAUUCAAGACUUCACUAAAUUGUAAUCAUUUUUUAAAUCAGACUUUUAAAAAUCUGAUAAGUGGGUGGAUUUAAUGUAGUUGUUAUGUAAUUGUGCAACAGAUUAUUUCCCUUGUUCAGCAAGAUAUUACCAAAGGACAAAAUAAAAUGCUAUCUAUGUAAGUAUGUGCUUUCAUAUAAGUGAGACAGUGAUAGUUUUUAAAUAUUUCUCAAUUGACAAGAUAAGAAGGCAGAAGAUAAUAUUGCUUGGUGUGACUGUCAGCUUUUCACCGUACAGCUAUAAUCUGUAUACUUUUGCAACAACUCUGUCAUCGCAUCAGCGGCGUCCGUCAAGGUUUUUGUGACAGUGAUGCACUUGAACUGAAUUUGGUCUUCUGAAGUCCUCAUAAAUAUUUAUUAUGCUGAAAAAGUAAUUUCCAAUUUUCUUCUCUGAAUAUCAGUGUGAGGUCUAUUUAUCAAUUUCUUGGGAAAGUUGUUCUAAACAUUUAUCUAAUGGUGUCAAAUUUUGAGAGAUCAGAAAUAAUGUCCUGCAACCAGUUGUCCUAGAACUCGUUAGAUGGAUUAGAGGGUAACAAACUUGCACUUAAAAUUAGUAGAUUUUCAGCUCGUUCCUGUAACUGUAUUAGGAACAACUAAUAAAAGUCAAAAAGAACCACCACACUUAACUCCCUUGUCCUGUUGUAGAGAUUUAAUGUGAUGUAAAAUAUAAACAUGGGCAGUGCCCAUGCUGAAAACAUAUGUCGAUAUUUGUGCUUUAUUUACCUGAAAGAAAAUUUGUAAAACUAUGUUACUGUUGUAUCCUGUUCAAACAUUAUUCGAGUGAAAAUGAAUGAACUUUGUUCAAAGAGAAA